AUGAUCGAUGCCCGACUCAAUUUCAAGCAGCAAACAGAGCACCUGGGAGUCAAGGCGUCUGGAGUCAGAUCCACAUUAUCGCGCCUCAUGCCUAACAUCGGGGACCCAGAACAAAGAAGAAGAGCCCUGCUGUCGUCAGUGGUCACGUCAGUGCUCACCCACGGCACUUCCAUAUGGGCUGAUACACUCAAACUGCAGGAAAACUCAGUCUAUCGACUGAGUGCUUUGCGAGUCACGAGUGCCUAUCGUACGGUAUCCGAAGAUGCAGUAUGCGUCAUAGCCGGGAUGCUCCCCAUAGAAUUAUUGGCCGAAGAACGAAGGUCAUUUUAUCAGCGAAGGGAAUCUGAGAAACUGAGCACAGCAGAACUCAGGGCAGGAGAGAGGCAAAAAGUCUGCAGCAAUGGCAGGAGAAGUAAGAUAACUCGUCGAAGGGAAGAUGGACUCACCAGCUGA